GUCUUGUCUGGGCGCGACACAAGCGCACUCGAAGCAUGUCACAAGUGCAGGCAAUCAAACAUGAAAUCUUCAAUCGGUGUCAACGUCAAUGGAAUCAACGCUGCCCGCUCAAAUGUCAAAUCAAGUGAAGUCGGAGUCCGGACCCCUACCGAGCCCGCCCCACAUCGAAAUGCACAGACCACAUCGAAGGAUGACAUCGCCUAUCGUACAGAGAGAGAAGACUUGACCCAGCUUUGACAUCGGUCAUCUGCUCGCAACCACCAUGCGACCCUUGACGAAACGCGCACUCGCCCAGACGGCGCCGAAACAGCCGUCCUGUCUCUUCUGCCAGUCGCACCGCCGUACAUUUGCCAGCGCAUCAGCACCCCCAGCGCCCCCAUCUUCUGGUCUCGCAAAGCUACCCUCCCGCCAGCUCCUCUCAGUCUCUGGCCCCGACACCGCCAAGUUCCUGCAAGGCAUCGUCACGGCCAAUGUGUCGACCAAGGAUGACCGCACGGUGGACGACGGGAGCUAUGCUGGGUUUCUCAACGCGACCGGCCGAGUGAUGCACGAUGUCUUCAUCUACCCUGGCCGAAACGGGUUCGCAGGCACAGAAGAGGGCAGCUCAUACAUCAUCGAGGCAGACGCGGGGGAGAUCGACAAGCUGGCCAAACUGAUCAAGCGGUACAAGCUACGCGCCAAGGUCAAUGUACGCAAAAUUGAUCCAGCAGAGGUUUCCGUCUGGCACGCCUGGACGGACUCGUCGCUCGACACCAACCCGACAGCCACCUCGAUACGUCUGACAGAUCCACGAACGGCCGACAUGGGAUGUCGAAUCUUACAGCUAGGCGACAACCCCCCCGAGGCCGAUCUCGAGCAGACGACGGAGGAUGCGUACACGAUCCGGCGGUACUUGCGAGGCGUUCCCGAAGGCCAGUCUGAGAUUCUGCGCGAGCACGCCCUGCCGCAGGAGAGCAAUAUGGACUUUAUGAACGGCAUCGAGUGGCACAAGGGCUGCUACGUCGGACAGGAGCUCACCAUCCGCACCAAGCACCGCGGCAUCGUGCGGAAGCGUAUCCUGCCCUGUAUCGUGUACGACAAGGACGCGCCCGCCCCCGAGGCGCUCACCUACGACCCUUCGAGCACCGCCGCCCAGGACGUCCCCGCUGAGACCAGCAUAGGUCGUUUCGAGAGGCGCGGGCGCAGCGCGGGUAAAUGGCUGCGGGGCGUCGGCAACGUUGGGCUGGGCCUGUGCCGGCUUGAGAUCAUGACGGGGACGACGCUGCCGGGCGAGACGGCGGCGGCGACAUUCAACCCCCAGGAUGAGUUUGUGCUGGAAUGGGGGGAGGAAGGCGAGAAGACGGGCGUCAAGGUCAAGGCCUUUGUCCCCGAGUGGAUACAGCAGGGCUUGGAUGCGCAUGCGGCGUCGAGGUAAACGAAUUGUACGAAUAGUAGUGUAUAGACAGCAUUGUACGCUAGACUCGCAAUGAUGGGCGAUUGCUACUUGGAGGCAGGGCUGUGUGUGAGGCGUGUCGAGUUGCUUAUCCGACUCCAGCUGUCGCGUACACGUGCUGGUGUCGUCAGAAACAACUCGAUCGGAUGUUUCCGAGUUUUCAAACUGCAUAGUCUUGUCAGCUUAUUAUUGCUCACCGACAUGAUGUCUAGCGUA